AUGGCGAACAAAGUCAGAGCGCCCACUGAACGGGUGUAUCGUCUUCCAUCAUCAAUGUCUUUUCUUGGUGCUGCUACCAUUCCUGUGGUCUGCACUACAGCGGUUUACGCGUUGAUUAAUAUUGCGAACCUUCAGCGUGGACAGUCUGUGCUGAUUCACUCAGCGGCCGGUGGCUUAGACCAGGCGUGUAUACAAAUUGCUCAACAUGUGGGCGCAGAGAUCUACAUUACCGUUGGCACAAACGAGAAGGGCCACAUUUGCAGUCGCUGUGGUCUUCUGAGAGAUCAUGUUUUCUCCUCCACGAACCCCCAAUUUGCCGACCAAAUAAGGAAACAAACUGGUAGGCGGGGCACUGAUUUGAUUAUCAAUACCAUCAUUAAAGACCUGCUUAAUACAUCUUGA